GUUGAGUUAUCAGGUUUCGGGUAUAAACUAUCUCAGCUAGGGUUUUUGAUGGGUCUUAAAACUUUUGAGCUAGGGUGGUAGGUUUUUGAUGAGUCUUGAGACUUUGAGCGAGGAUGGUAGCUAGGUUGGGUUUUAGGCACGAGCCUCCAUAUAUGUGGGCCUUUUAGACCUUUGGUAAUGCGUAGUGUUGCUUAAGCCUCUGGGCCUAAGCGAAGGUCGCGUGCAGACUGCAGGACUCUGUUUCCCGCCGUCUAGCCUACUCGCUAUAAAGCGUUCCUGCAGCCAAUUGACAAAGGCCAUAACGAGUUCUUCUCACUGUUCUAAAACCAAAAGCUCAUUUCUCGAGCUCCUCUCUAUCCUUCGAUCAAUCGAUCAAUCGAUCAAUCUCUUCUAUUUUGUAAGGCCCAAAAGGUCGAUUGUCGAAACCUAAAACCACUCAAUAUCUUCUACUUCGUUUUCCAAACGAAAAUGGAGCUUCGUUCUCGUAAAAGAAUCCCCAAACCCUCGAUGAAUGACAAUGAGCAAGGGGAACGUGAUUGCUCUAGUGAAGCUGAUGGCAAUAAUUCACCGCAUGGCUGUGGCUCUGAUGUUGAAUUGUACGUGCUGUCUUCGCAUUCUGAUGAUAGCAGCUCAAGUGAUGAAUGUGAAAUGAUUCAAGAUGUAGAGAUUACACGCAAAAAACAAAAAGCAAAUACUAAAAUUGUUGUUGACAUAGAUGAUCAGGAAGGUAGUUUUCUGGAUUUUAUGAGUUCUAGUAAUCUUCAUAUUUCUAAUAAUCCGGAGCCUUCUACUAAAAUAAGUAUGACAGAAAUUGAGUUUAAUAAUGAACAACAACCAGCUCAACCACCAAGAGCAGCUCGAGUUAAAUUUAUUGUAGAGAAAGGGAAGAGAGCAUAUAGGUCAAGAAGGAAGCGGGAUAAAAAUAGGUCAGGGCCACCGUUGAUGUGGGAAGUUUGGGAAGAAGAACAUGAUAAAUGGAUUGAUGAACACUUAGCCGAAGACGUUGAUUUGGAUCAUCAACAUGGUAUUGUGAAUGAAACGGCUGAACCACCAUCAGAGUUGAUUAUGCCUUUGUUACGAUACCAAAAGGAAUGGUUGGCCUGGGCUUUGAAGCAGGAAGAGUCAGAGACCAAGGGGGGAAUUCUUGCUGAUGAGAUGGGAAUGGGUAAGACCAUUCAAGCAAUUUCCUUGGUCCUUGCCAAACGAGAAAUUCUCUGGAAAACCCAGGAAUCCUUUGGAGCCACACUUUUACCAGGUUCAUCUGUUGAUUUGAGUGGAAUCAAACCCACCCUUGUAGUCUGUCCUGUUGUAGCAGUGAGUCAGUGGGUAAGUGAGAUUGAUCGAUUUACUACAAAAGGAAGCACCAAGGUGCUGGUUUAUCAUGGAGCCAAUAGAGAGAAGAGUUUUAAAAAGUUCUCUGGUUAUGAUUUUGUUGUAACAACCUAUAGUACUGUUGAGGCUGAAUUCAGAAAAUACAUGAUGCCGCCUAAGAAAAAGUGUGCCUACUGUGGAAAGUCAUUCCAUGAAAACAAACUUGUUAUUCACCUGAGAUAUUUUUGUGGUCCUGAUGCCAUUAGAACUGCAAAGCAGUCUAAGCAAGACAGGAAGAAGCCCAAAACGGUACCAUCAGCUUCUAUGCAGAAAACAGAAUCUGGUAAAGACAAAAAUCGUGGAUUUCAGGAUGAUGUGAUGAAGGGAGCUUGGAAGAAGAAAAGGAAACAGCAUUUUGUAGAUGAUGAUAUUGAGGAUAUGGAGAACUCGGAAGUUGAACAAGCCUUGCGGAAAGAGAAAUCACUUCUGCACUCGGUGAAGUGGGAUCGCAUUAUUUUGGAUGAGGCUCAUUAUGUGAAAGAUAGGCGUAGUAAUACUGCAAAAGCCAUUUUUGCUUUAGAAUCUUUAUAUAAAUGGGCUCUAAGUGGCACUCCCCUUCAAAAUCGUGUUGGAGAACUUUAUUCUCUGGUACGCUUCCUGCGAAUAGUCCCAUACUCAUAUUACUUGUGCAAGGAUUGUGAUUGUCGAACCCUUGAUUAUAGGUCAUCAGCACAAUGCUUAAGCUGCCCCCACAGUUCUGUGAGACAUUUUUGUUGGUGGAAUAAAUACAUUUCUAAUCCGAUACAAGCAUAUGGACCUCAUGACAUUGGAAAAAGAGCUAUGAUAUUGCUGAAACAAAAAGUUUUGAGAAACAUAGUGCUUAGACGUACCAAAAAGGGCAGAGCUGCUGACCUUGCUCUUCCUCCUAGGAUGGUUAUGUUGAGGCGUGAUACUCUGGAUGUUAAAGAAGAAGAUUAUUAUCAGUCAUCAUACAAUGAAAGCCAGGCACAAUUUAAUACAUAUGUUAGGGCUGGAACUGUGAUGAAUAACUAUGCACACAUAUUUGACCUUCUAACUCGUUUGCGGCAGGCAGUUGAUCAUCCUUACCUUGUGGAAUAUUCUAAAACUGCGGUACAAAAAGAAGGAAAACUGGUUGAUGCUCAUAAUGGUGAGCAAGACUGUGGCAUUUGCCAUGAUCCUGUUGAAGAUCCUGUUGUCACUGCCUGUCUCCACGUCUUCUGUAAGGCUUGUCUGCUUGAUUUCUCUGCUUCCUUGGGACAAGUCUCCUGCCCUACCUGUUCUAAAUUACUUACUGUUGAUUUGACUGCAAAUUCUGGUGGUGGAGAUCAGAUUGCUAAGACAACCAUUAAGGGUUUUAAAUCCUCUAGUAUUCUCAACAGAAUACAGCUAAAUGAUUUUCAGACAAGCACAAAGAUAGAAGCUUUGAGGGAAGAAAUUAGAUUUAUGGUUGAAAGGGAUGGUUCUGCAAAAGGAAUUGUUUUCAGCCAGUUUACUUCAUUCUUGGAUCUCAUAAGCUACUCCCUACAUAAGUCUGGUGUAAAUUGCGUUCAAUUGGUGGGAAGCAUGUCUUUGCCUGCAAGAGAUGCUGCUAUCAAGAAAUUUACUGAGGAUCCAGAUUGCAAGAUAUUCUUAAUGAGUUUGAAAGCUGGAGGCAUUGCUCUAAAUCUGACAGUAGCAUCACAUGUUUUCUUGAUGGAUCCUUGGUGGAACCCAGCUGUGGAGCGGCAAGCUCAAGAUAGAAUUCAUAGGAUAGGGCAAUACAAACCAAUCAGAAUUGUGAGAUUUAUUAUUGAGAACACCAUUGAGGAGAGGAUUUUACAGCUGCAAGAAAAAAAGGAGCUAGUGUUUGAAGGGACUGUUGGUGGCUCGUCAGAAGCCCUGGGAAAAUUAACAGAGGCAGAUCUGCGGUUUUUAUUCGUCACUUGAAUGUGAAACUGUGUGCAGUUCUUUGUAGGCUGUGGUAAAAACUAUAAGUAUAUAAAUGUUUGUAAUUUUGUCUUAUUAUUAGUGUUAAUAUUAUGGAUGGUUUUGAGUAUUUGCCCAGUCAAUAUCUGUACUGGUAAUUAACCUACAUGAAAAUUAAGUGGCUGGUGUAAGCUUUGGUGACUACUGACUAGAUUUAGGUCUUAUUUCAGUGGUUAGAUGAAUACUUAGAAGUAAAACUAUAUUGUAAUUUUUAUUGGACAAUGUUAUCCAACUUCAGCUGCUUGAGAGAUGAGGGAAGCAUUUUGCUUUGUCUACCUUUCUCA